UGAGAGGUGAGGGGCGCCGGAGCCGCGGUCGUCGGGUGGCCAGAGUCUGUGAAGCGGCCUCACGGUGAGGAUCUGGCGGGAGAGAGCCGGUGCCGCGAAGCCGCCGGCAGCCGGGGCCAUGGCCGGGCCCGCCGAAGGGGCCCCGCCCGGCCACGGGCACACCUUCGCCAAGAAGACCUUCCAUAAGCCGACCUACUGCCACAGUUGCACCGACAUGCUCUGGGGCAUCAUCCAGCAAGGCUACAUCUGCGAGGUUUGCAACUUUGUGGUGCACGAGCGCUGUCUCAAAACGGUCGUUUCUCCCUGCUCGAGCAUCUCCGCAAAUCUUAUUAAGAACCCGGUUGCACAUUGUUGGUCUGAACAGGUACAUCACAGGAAGAAAUUCUGCAACGUUUGUCGAAAACGGCUAGAUGACAAUCUGUCUGUACAUUGCGAAAUAUGCGAGUACUUCGUUCACACGGAUUGUCAAGACUUCGCGGUGGCGGAUUGCAAGGAGAACGCCACGUACCUGCCAGGCAAGGAGUUGUCCUCGAUGAAGCACAGCCACCACUGGCGGGAGGGUAACCUGCCCAGCAACUCCAAGUGCGCCCUCUGCAAGAAGACCUGCUUCUCCGCCGAGUAUCUCGCCGGUUAUCGUUGCGAGUGGUGCGGCAUAACGUCCCAUGCCGUCUGCUACAAGGAGAUCCCCGAGGAGUGCACCUUCGGUAUCCUCGAGCCUAUCUACCUACCGCCGCACGCAGUCAGCAUUCCGAGGACCGAAGUACCUAUGGAGGCGAUCAUCGGGGUGCAGGUUCGGCGAAAAGAAGUCUUAGCGCCGGGGAACAGCGACGAGGUGGUAUUCGAUAUUGCUGAGGGCGAACGUGUUGGGACGUUCGUGCCGGCGACGGGCCGUCGGCUGGCCGCGGCAUUGCGGCGGAUUUCACUAGUUUUUCCACGUAGCUGCCAUGGAAAUUGUCACGUUUCCCCUCCCUACGUUCAAGCGCGCAGCAUCUCCGAGGAAUUCAGCAGCGGCGACACCCGCUGUCGUGAUAGCGAGGAGCCGGUCGCACAGCAGAGUAGCGGCACUCAUGUCCGUGAUCCCAGAUCAGGGAAGGAUAAGGACGAGAAGGAGCGCGGCGACGAAGAAAUGAUUAAAGUAUACGACGGAAACAAUUCACUGAGAAGGCGAAUAUUCCGAGUCGUGAUGGUGCCACGACAGGCCACGACCGAACAAAUUCUGACGCUGGCUAUGCAAGCAUUCCACAUCACCAAAGAUCCAAACAAUUUUUAUUUGACCGAUCUUUACACAACCGAAGAAACGCCCUUGUGCGAUCCUUCGCCAAUCCUCAAUUUAACUCGAAAAGAAGGCAAACGUCCGGCUGUCUUUCUUCGAUAUAAGGAUGUGGAGGACGGCGAGGUACGUGUAUAUCCCGGCAAGUUGCAGGUGUCGGAUGCCUUUUGUACAGUCCCGGUCACGGAAUUAACGACGAUCGCCGAUCUCAUUAAAGAAGCGAUCGUGCACUUUCGGCUAGAGAACGACAAUUGCGAAAAUUAUCGAUGCAGCGAGAUACUUUUGGAUCGGGGAGUGACGGAACGAGUGCUAACGUGGGACGAGAGACCGCUGGAAAUCGUUAAAUUAUUAGGCAAAGAUUCUAUUAGACAAAUGGAGUUGAUGCGGUUUUACCUUCAGCUGAAACAGGAUCCGCACGGGCCGAAUCUGGCGCUAUUCGUCGGUAACCUGCCACCAGGUCUGUCCGAGCGCAUGUACGAAAACUUGCUGAUGGAGUUUUUGGGAAAAGAGAACAGAUUCUCUUCGAUCGGUCCGAUUUACUAUGAAUACGGUUCAAUGGUCAUAACUUACGAAGAUUCCAACACAGCGGUACGAGCCCUCUACACCUUACGUGAAUCCAAAUACGAAGAUAAGCAUCUGCUAGUGAUGCUUCUACCCAGUAUCGAGCCAAGUAUGGUGCCGGCCGGUGUUCAGCCGUUGCUUGUUUUUGUAAAUGUAAAGUCCGGUGGCUGCCAAGGACUUGACUUGAUAUCUAACUUUCGCAAACUCCUCAACCCUUAUCAAGUCUUCGACUUGGACAACGGUGGACCCCUUCCCGGGCUCUACGUCUUUCGGCACAUAAAGAACUACAAGAUCUUGGUGUGCGGCGGGGACGGAACCGUCGGCUGGGUACUACAGUGCUUGGACAACGUCGGCCAGGACAGCGAGUGCUCUUCGCCGGCGUGCGCCAUCGUGCCGCUCGGGACGGGGAACGAUCUUGCCCGGGUCCUCAGGUGGGGCUCCGGCUACACCGGCGGUGAGGAUCCCUUGAACCUCCUUAGGGAUGUCAUCGAUGCCGAGGAAAUUAGGCUCGACAGGUGGACUGUCGUCUUUCACCCCGAGGAGAAGGAGGACAAGUCGCAGACACUCGUACCCAACAACGCGGUCGCUGGAUCGACUAGCGAGGACAAUACGCAGAUAUUCGUGAUGAACAACUACUUUGGGAUCGGACUGGACGCGGCCCUUUGCCUGGAUUUUCACAAUGCACGCGAGGAGAAUCCCAACAAGUUUAACAGUCGGCUGCACAACAAGAGCGUCUAUGUGAAAAUGGGUUUGCGCAAAAUGGUUGGCCGCAAGCCCUGUAAGGAUCUGCAUAGAGAGAUCAGGCUCGAGGUCGACGGAAAGGUUGUCGAUCUACCCCAGGUCGAGGGCAUCAUCAUUCUCAACAUACUGAGUUGGGGUUCUGGAGCGAAUCCAUGGGGUCCGGAGAAAGAGGAUCAGUUCAACAAGCCAAAUCACUGGGACGGAAUUUUGGAGGUCGUAGGCGUCACCGGUGUCAUUCAUCUUGGUCAAAUACAAUCGGGUUUUCGUAAUGGAAUGCGGAUAGCUCAGGGCGGUCAUAUAAAGAUCCACUUGCACUCGGACAUUCCGGUACAAGUGGAUGGUGAGCCGUGGCUUCAAAGUCCAGGGGACGUUGUUGUACUGAGAUCGGCAUUGAAGGCGACCAUGUUGAAGAAAAAUAAGAUCAAGCGUCGAAAUACCGAACCGUCGAUCCAACCCGUAAACGGGGUGGGGGGCAAGAGUACGGAUGAUUAGAUAGGAGUGUAAGCCUCGAUAGCAAUGGCGAUGGCAAUGGCAAUUUAACUGCCACCCGCUACUUUGUCCAUCGAUUUUAUACGAUAUCCAAAUGAAACGCACGCGCUCUUACGCACAGACGCACAAACAUACGCACAUACGCGCGCGCACACGCACGC